CAAUUGGCCUACAUAAAGCUAACAAACUUCCCCAGCUCCAACCCGGAAAGAGGAGAGAGAAGCCGUGGCAAUGGGAGUGAUAACCAGCCGAUCUCUCGUCUCCCUUGUUCUAUUUUUCCUCGUGCUCUGCUUAUCUGCCGGUACGCUGACCUCCGCCCACUCCUCCGGCCCGGUCGACUUCAUCCGCGCGUCGUGCGGCGCCACCCGGUACCCGGCCCUCUGCGUGGAGUGCCUCAAAGCAUACGCCCCAGCGGUCCGCCGGAGCCCCCGCAAGCUCGCCCAGACCGCCCUCGCCGUCACCGCCGACCGGGCCCAGUCCACCUCCGCCUUCGUCUCCCGGUUCAGCGCCGGCUCCAACUCGGCCCGGCCCAGGGAGGCCGGCGCGGUCCAGGACUGCAUCGAGACCAUGGGGGACAGCGUGGACGGGCUCCGCCGGUCGGUCCGGGAGAUGCGCCGCAUGGGCCGGGCCCGGGGCAACCGGUUCAGGUGGCACCUCGACAACGUCCAGACCUGGGUCAGCGCGGCACUCACGGACCAGUCCACCUGCCUCGAUAGCCUCGACCAGAACGCCAGCGGCCGCCUCCGGGCCGCCAUCCGGAAGAAGGUGGUCGUGGUCUCCCAGCUCACCAGCAACGCCCUGGCCCUCGUGAACCGGCUCGACCCAACGAACUGAACCGCUUCGGGUCCAUCCUUUGUUUGGCUGCUGCUAGCUGCUGCGGCCCAUGGUUUCCACUUCUAUAUGUGCAUGAAUAAUUUUAUGCAAUGGUGCGAAGUUAAGGGUGUGAAGUAAUGCAUGUGUGAGAUGUGAAGAGAGAGAGAGAGAGAUGUUGUACAGUUUUAGAUUAUUAAUUGAAGUUUUGAUCUGAUGAUGUGUAUGCUAAUUAGUUUGCUUAGGUAGAGUGAUGGGGUUACGUGAAUGGUUGGUACAUUAAUUAAAUGAUCGUGCCAUCCCAUG